GUUUGGUGUGCGGGCUCAGCAGUGUGUGGAGCUCUGCCUGACAGCCCGGUAAUGUCCUGUCUUGAGUCGUAAAGCAGCCAGAAAUGUACGUGGUCGUUGUCUACCUGCGUUCACACAGCCAGGGGAGAGCCAAGGGGCUAUUGUUGAGAGGUUUUUAUCCUGAAUGUGUUUGGGUUUUUUUUACGCACAGACUUGGGAACACGCCCUUUGCUGCCUCGUCUACCUGAGUGGGAAAAAAAAGGGUUUCAACUUCAUUUGAAUGCCCUCGAACUGCGGUCACACCGACACGCAGCCUCUCACCGGGGGGAAGUUAACCGUGUUCCUUCAUUUCCCGCUUCAGCUUCGAGUUAGUUUCAGUGUCGGUUCGCUUGAAUAGACGUUUCUACGGCUCGGAAAACUCUCAGAGCCGCUUGUGAGACCUGGUUAUAAAAAAAAAAAAAAAAAAAAAAAAAAGUCAACUAUGUUUCAUACGCUCGACUUGAUCCGCAUUACCCCGGCUGGUGCACCGCCGCUCAGCUGUAACUGUAACCUGCGGCGGCAGAGUUGCCGCGGACGGAUACGUGAUAGCACCCCCCUCCCUUCCCUUCCUGGCCUCUGACAACAACCAGGAAGCCCCCCCACCCAAGAAAAACCACACUGAACACCCCCCCGUUGUUUGAAAGCUCCGUGCGGCGCUCUGGGGUUUUUCAAGCAGACGCCAAAAAAGGCUGCUGAGGUGAGGGAGAGCAGGAGGAGGGAGGGAGGAGGGAGGAGGAGGGGGGGCUUCCGAGGCCACGGUGAAACCAGGGAGUUUCCUGCCUCAAGGUCCGCCUGCCGGUUGGGUCACACAGGUAGGGGCCGGGCGGGCGAACCUGCUCUGGAGCUCCACCACUCUGACUCAAGUGAUAAAUCCCAGAUAAGUGGCUCUGGUUUUGCCUGGCAGCUGCAGAGAGAAUACUGAUAGCGGAGAUGACACCUGUCAAGAGCUCUCGGAUGUGAGGUUAAUGUUCCCUCACCGGGCGCCCCCAGGGUCGCUUUCAAGCCUCACUGCCGACAGCUCGCCACCUCUGUCAGCCCUGUGAGCGAGCCAACUGAUCGCCUCUAGCCCAACAAGCUUCUGCCCGCGGUCCAGCUGAGCAGCCUCCGUGUUGCCUCCGCCAAGGCCCGGCAGCUGCCUGGGCAGGACUGCAUCACCAUGGACACGGAGUCCACAUACUCGGGCUAUUCCUACUACUCCGGACGCUCCCGGGGAUCCCACAGGCAUGGGGAGCGGAGCCGGGACCGCCACAAGCCCCGCAGUAAAGACAGCCGCUCUGAGAAGUCUGUAACAAUCAACACGCCGCCUGCAGAGCCGCUGCUGGGCGACUCGGCGGUUCGGGGUGAGCAGGUCCAGGAUGACAACUGGGGCGAGACCACCACGGCCGUCACGGGCACGUCAGAGCACAGCCUCUCCCAGGAGGACAUCGUCCGCAUCACCAAGGACCUCGAGGACAGCGUCGGGCUCGACUGCCGCCGUUACUUCACCCUGACCUUGGCCGUGAUCCUGGGCCUGCUAGUGUUCCUGACGCCGCUGGCCUUCCUGGUGCUGCCCCACCUCCUCUGGCCGGAGAAGCUGCAGAGCUGCGGCACGGCCUGCGAGGGCCUCUUCAUCUCCGUGGCCUUCAAGCUGCUCAUCCUGCUGCUGGCCGUCUGGGCGCUCUUCUUCAGGCCGCCGCGGGCCGGCCUCCCCCGGGUGUUUGUGUUCCGGGCCCUGCUCGCCGUGCUGGUGCUGCUCUUCGUAGUCUCCUAUUGGUUGUUCUAUGGAGUCAGAAUACUCGAUUCACAGGACGAGAACUACCAGGGCAUCGUGCAGUACGCAGUAUCCCUGGUGGACGCUCUGCUCUUCAUCCACUACCUGGCCAUCGUGCUACUGGAGCUCCGGCAGCUCCAGCCGUGCUUCUCAGUGUGUGUCACGCGCUCCACGGACGGCGAGAUUAGGCACUACAACCUGGGGCAGCUCAGCAUUCAGCGAGCAGCUCUGGCCAUCUUGGAGCACUACUACUGCGACUUCCCAGUCCACAACCCAGCGCUGCUUUCCGCCUCCAAGUCCCGCGCAGCCAAGCACCUGGCCGGCCUCAAGGUUUACAACGUGGAUGGUGAGUUCCCAGCAGCCCCCGCUGAGGGUCCGGGGAACAACGCUGCAGCAGGUCUGGCCCACUCCCAGUCCAGAGCCAUGAUCGCAGCCGCCGCCCGCCGCAGAGACACCAGCCACAACGAGCUGUACUACGAGGAGGCCGAGCACGAGCGGCGCGUUCGCAAGCGCAAAGCACGACUGGUGGUGGCGGUCGAGGAGGCGUUCACACAUAUCAAGCGCCUGCAGGAGGAGGAGCAGAAGAAGGCUCCUGGUGACGUGAUGGACCCGCGAGAGGCAGCACAGGCCAUUUUCCCAUCCAUGGCUCGUGCCCUGCAGAAGUACCUGAGGACCACCAAGCAGCAGCACUGCCACAGCAUGGAGAGCAUCCAGCAGCACCUGGCCUUCUGCAUCACCAACAACAUGACACCCAAGGCGUUCCUGGAGAGCUACUUGGCCCCGGGCCCCACCCUGCAGUACAGCCGGGACCACUGGCUGGCCCGUCAGUGGACGCUGAUCAGCGAGGCGUCGGUCACCAGCGGCCUGAAAGACGGCUCCAUCUUCCUGCUCAAGUGUGUGGACUUCAGCCUGGUGGUGACAACAAAGAAGAUCCCGUAUAUCCAGAUGUCGGAGGAAUACAUCGACCCCAAGUCACACAAGUUCGUCCUGCGGCUACAGUCCGAAACGUCCGUGUAGGACUCCAACUUCUUUUCUUUUUUUUUUAAUUCCUCACCCUCUUUCAUUGCUAUCGGAUGUUUUUUAUUUUGGGUUUGCAGUUUUUAUUUUGGCCUCUUUUUUUGGAUUUUUUUAUAUAUUAUAUAUGAAUCUAUAUAUAUAUAUAUAUUACACACGUUUGAAUAUAUUGAUCUUUUUAUGUUUGAUUUGGAUGAUGGCAAAAAAAGAGAUUUGAGGCGAGAUUACGCCCACGGAAGUUUGACUCUACUUUGGUUGUGUGCACAUACGGUAUGUGUGAGUGUACGCCUCUGUGUGUGUGUGUGUGUGUGCGCGCGCACGUGCAUGCGCGCAUGUGCGUGCACUUGUGUCAACACAAUCACUCCUUCCUUUUCUGUUGGAGAUGCUGUAGCCAAACGAGACGGGACCAUUUGAGGUUUCUGACAUCCCCACAGAGACUCUGUUGUCUCGCUCACUCCUUUUGUUUCCAUGGGACAGAUGGACAAACCACUAGGGACUUCAAUGGUGUGACUUGGAUUUUGAUAUUUUGAAGCCUGAUGGAAACUCAGGACAACUGUCCUGCCCGUGUCGCCGUCUCCUCUGCAACGAUUGACAGUAUAAGCUCUUGAGGAAGUCAACAGAUUGAGAAACUGAAUGGAUUCAAAACCAAAUUAAAUGCAUUUGAUAAAAAAGUUUAAACUCAGUCAGACUUUGCAUUAAAUGCACAUUUAUGUACGUUUAUAAAUUAAAAGAAAAUGCCUAUAAAGGACGGAACAUGUGAUCUCAGCCUAUUCAUGGACUGCUUUCCUCAUCACUACUUCAGGACACCUUUAGAGCUCCGGACUAACACUUUUCUUGACGGUUGAGAUGCCAAACUCCAACCGGCCUAGUGUCCAGCUGAAGGCGUACAGUAGCACCCACGAGUGCUGAUUCUAGCAGCCGAGGCGAAGACGCUUUGAGGCUGUUCUUCGGUGCGUGCUUCUUCUUCUCCAGGUGCAAUGGAGCAAAAUCCGAGAUAUUUCCACUCCAGUUGGGAGCAACACACGCAUGCCAUUAAACACGGAAUGAAGCGGAUCAUAAGAGACGCUCAGAGGUGGAUACAUGCCCGAAAACAUUUGCCCUGCCUCAUCGGUUCAGUAACCUUCUCAGGGCUUUCACGUCUGCUGCAUCUGCCUGACAUGAUGGGAAGGAAAGGCAGCGAGGAGGAGGGACAGAGAUAUAAACAGAGAUUAAAAAAAAAAAGUACUACUGAUUACUUUAAACAAGAACUUACCCCAUGUGUUUUCCAGGCCAGAAAAUCUAAAUGCCAUAAAUUCUCAUGUAAAAACUGGUUUUCAAAUAAGCACGAACACCAACAGAGACAUGCUGCACUCAC